GUGGCCCAAUAAAAGUUGGGAAGCCCACGGAAAGCGUGGGGAAACGGAGAUGCAGCAGCAGCAGCAAACUCAGGCGGCCCGCAACCCAACCUCGGCAGAGUCGACGGCGGAGGCUCCGCCGAAGCAGGUGGCGCUGGCGAUGGACCGCUUGGCCCAAGCCGCUCGCCUCAUCGCCGAUGUCCGCCUUGGCGCUGACCGGCUCCUGGAGGCCCUCUUCGUCUCCGCACAGCCCCACCAGACCACUAAACCGCUCCAUCUCUUCCUCAAAGAAGACUCCUCCAUGCGCCAACACCUCCAAGAUCUUCGCACUAUUGGAAAGCAACUGGAAGAUUCUGGGGUUCUCAAUGAAUCUCUUCGGUCACGAAGCAAUUCUUGGGGCUUGCAUAUGCCUUUGGUUUGUCCAGAUGGUGCUGUUGUUGCUUAUGCUUGGAAACGUCAACUUGCUGGCCAGGCUGGUGCAUCUGCCGUUGACAGGACCAGAUUAGCUCUAAAGGCCUUUACUGAUCAGAAACGGCGGUUUUUCCCUCACCUUGAUGAUGGAUUAAACGGUCAGAGUUCUGCUUCUGAGUCGGUUCCAAAGAAACAUUGUGGUUCUCAGAUCUCAACAGUUACUCAACAAGAAGAGCUUAGUGAUUACAGAACACUAUCAGAUGUUCUAAUGCAUGUGGAAAAAGACAUGCCAAACAUGAAAAUUUUCACUUACCAACGAUUGGACUGGUUAAAAAGAGCUUCUACACUUCCCUGUUCAGCAGAGGAGUUUUUGAUGGAUUCAUCGAAAGAGCAUGACUUUCAUAUUUCAAAUAAACCAAGAUUGGGAUUGCUGGGUGCUGUUGCUGCUGAUAAAGUCGCUGUAAUUGAGUUGUUGUUUCCUUCAAUAUUCAGAGCUAUAAUAUCAUUGCACCCAGCUGGUUCUAUUGACCCUGAUGCUGUAGCUUUCUUCUCUCCAGAUGAGGGAGGCAGUUAUGUACAUGCCAGAGGUUUUUCAGUUUAUCAUGUAUUUAAACAUGUCACGGAGCACGCUGCUAUGGCCUUGCAACAUUUUCUUGGAACCAACACUGAAACAGCAUUGUAUUCUCUUUUGCACUGGAUCUUCAGCUAUCAAACCCUAUUUACAGAACCUUGCAGUAAAUGUAAACGGCUACUGUCAAUGGAUAGACAAUCAGAUUUACUGUUACCUCCUGUUUACCAUCCUUAUCGAAGCUUCUGCGCUAUUAAAAGUUCAUCUCCCCAAUCAAUAUCCUCAACAAAGAACCAGACUUUGGAUGCUUCUCACGCUUAUCAUGUUGGUUGCUUUUCAGAGGAAGCAUAGUCACAUCCAAUGUCGAAGGUAUGCUGACAAGGCUUUAUGGGUGGAGAUAUAGGAAGAUGAAAAGUGAAUUCUUUCCAAAAGGCCUCCUAUUGAGACUUGAAUUUUUCCAUUGUAGGACAAUGAUUAAAUGGCCAAUUACUCUAGGGAUUAUGAAAAUAUAUCAGUUUUAUUUUUCUUUUUCUCCAAUUUUCUUUUCAGGGUUGGAGUGCAGACUUUAUUAAUUUCCCUUUCCCCCUCUUAACUGCAUUUCUCGCUGUGCAUAUUUAUAUUCAUCAGUGUCCUGAAUCCUAAUUGUUAUGACCUUAGCCAUGGUGGAGCAUUUUGUAUAAUGAUAACGUAGGGUUUUCUUGUACUCUACUUUUAAGAUA